AAUGUGAGAACCUACUCUCUCUCCCUAUUGUUUCUGUCUUAUUCACAGUAAAAUACCUGCUGCUAUAUAUUCAAUUAAGAAAGCAAUAACAACAAGAAUAAUAAUAAUAGUGUAGCUAUGGUGAGAACCCCUUUGUGUGACAAGAGUGGAAUGAGGAAGGGCACGUGGACACCUGAGGAAGACAAGAAGUUGGUCGCUUAUGUUACUAGGUAUGGUUGCUGGAAUUGGCGUCUUCUCCCAAAGUUUGCAGGUCUUGAAAGGUGUGGCAAGAGUUGCAGACUUAGGUGGAUGAACUACCUCAGACCCAACAUCAAAAGAGGCAACUACACUCCAGAAGAAGAGGAUACUAUCAUCACACUUCACCAAACCCUUGGCAAUAGAUGGUCCCUAAUUGCGGCGAAUUUACCAGGAAGAACUGAUAACGAGAUAAAGAAUCACUGGCACACUGUUCUGAAGAAGCGUAUUCAAGACAAGUCGUCGUCAGGCACAGGCAAAGGUAGUAAAGCCGGAAAAGCUAAAGCUUCUUACAAAGUAAAGAAUAAUAAUAAUAAUAAUUAUGACUCCCCAACAACACUAAUGGAGCAAGAUUUCAAUAACAUUGGUGCUAGUUGUGAUGAUCGCCGUCAUAAUAAUAGCCCAUUGUCUCCACAACCAUCCUCUAGCGGUUUCUCUUGCGUAACAACAGAUACUGAAACCGCCGCUAUAAACCAUGAGGAUAAUAAUUUAAUUAUUCUAGAGAAUAAUAAUAAUGAUUACGGCGAGCUUGGUUUCUUUGAUGCAUAUGAUGAGCCAGUAAGUGCAGAUUUCUGGACAGAACCAUAUCUGAUUGACUUUUCCUAUGUCCCACCCAGUAGUGAAGAAUACUUUCUUAACCCUAUUUGGGAUAUAGAAUUCUGGGGCCAGAAUAGCUUAUACCUGGAAUGAGGGUACGUUAAUCAGAAUCUGGGAUAUGAUAUCUGUAAUUAUUCCAUGUAUGUAUAUGUAUAUAGUCAUGUGGGUGUGUUCAUAUUCCUGUAUGUUUAUAGUUGUACCAUCAUCAUCAAUAAUAAUAUAUGACAAUAUUUUAUG